UUAAAAACAAACGAGACGAGACAAGGUAAGCGAACGUGCAAAGUGACCCAAAGAGCACAAUAACCAACAACAAAAAGAAGUACGAAUGGCAAACGAACGAACGAACGGAGGCACAACAACAAAAUGAGACCCACAAAUGCACAUGGACAGGAAAACCCAAUCGGAAAACACAACACACGUCUACGCCCGCGCCUUCCCCUUCUCCCGCUCCUUCUUCCCAACGCGCAUCAACAGCCUCCUCGCCCGCCGAUACUCCUCAUCCUCGUCGCUCGAGUCCUCCCACAUAUCCACCUCCCCAGCCUUCGCGCUCCCAUUCCCAAGCCCAUUCCCCUGCGAAUGCGCCUGCGCCUGCGAGCGGGAAGCAGCUCGAUCAUCCCACGGUGCCCAUCGCGCCUCGUGCUCCUCGUCGUCCUCGUCCAACGCCGGCGGCGUCGGCGAGAACGUCGGCUGGAGCGACAUGCGCACGCUCUUCCUCCGUACUGGCUUUACGACUAUCCCUUCGCUUUCGGCCAUCGGCGUUGGCUCUGGAGCGGGGUCUUUCGCAGGCGGUGGAGGGGCCGCCGCUGGCGCAGCAGGGGGAGUGGAGGCUCUAGCGGAAGGCCCAACUUCCGUGGAAAUAGUCGACGCCCCGUCGUCCAUGUGAUCGUGAUCGUGCGGCGGUGGAGCAGGCCCAGCGUGCCCGUUAACACCUCCCCCGCCCUCUGUUCCAGAGUCAGAGCCCGAGCCCUCAUCGGCGCUUGCAAAGUCCUCGUUGACAGUCUCGUACGACGAAAUGGACGUCAUACUCGACCGUCUGGAUGCCUGCGGUCGAGCCUGAGAGGAAGCGGGAGUCUUGUCCUGGCUGUGGCUUUGAGGAAUCUUGAUCGGUGACGGGGCUUCGCGUUCGGGUGCACGUCCCCGCGGCUUCUCCUCCUCCACCUUCGGCUUCGGCACUGGUUUCGGCUGCUCCGCUUUAACGAAAUUUUCACCCUCGACCACCUUCGCAAGCGACGACGAAGCAGCCGCAGGAGGCACAUGCGAGGCGCUCGCAGGCAGCCCAGGCGCAGGCGACGGCGUCCGACUCAUGUUCCUCAACGCGCUCUUGAGCGGGCUCACAGCCGGCCUCGUCAUCCCGUUCCCAGAACCAGACCCAGAGCCCGAGCUCGUCCCCGAAUUGACAGAAGCGCCUCUUGUCAACCCCGCCGCACCACCAUUGGCGCUCCGAGCAUCUGUGGGACUAAGCCAGUCUGCCGUCUUGGACUUCUGCGGCGCCGACGCGGCCACAGCGGACGAAGAGGACCUCGGGACAUCGUACGACGCCGAGCGUGCCGGCGGUGCGCCCCCAUCCGAACUCGCCACCCGCACAACAGGCGCAGUCAAACUCGGCGCCUUCGGCACCUCAAUGAGCGACGCCCCUGGCAGCCCAUCCAGCUUCCCACCUCCGCCUCCACUCGUGCUGUUCCUUCGCCCCACCAACGAAGCCGUCGACAAAUUCUUCACCGCACUCCCCAGCCCCCCACCGGCCUCUCCAGCAUCGCGAGUGGCAUCCUUGGCAUGCGCCCACCCCGCGCGGUUCAGACGCGACACGUCCUCGACGAUGCUCAUCAGACUCGUCUCCGCGCUCCCGUUCACGUUGGCACUGGCGCUCGGCUUCGCGGGCGGCGGCAUCGUCCGCGCCUUCUGUGCGCGGUUCUUCGCUCUGAAGUCCGACGCAGUAUUUGUGCUGGUGUGUGUCGCGGCGGAGGCGUUGGACCGCAUCGAGCUCGAGCGUUUCGGUGUGCCGUCGUUGGUUUCUGCUGGGGGCUUCGGCGGUGUGGGGUGGGCGUUGGACGCUGGUGCGGGUUUGGGCGCGGACGAGGAUGAGGCAGGAACCGCGCUCGCGUGCUUGCCCGCGACAGGCUGCACAAACGUGUCCCCGUCGACGGUCACCCUUUUCGCCUUCUUUGGUGCCGCACCGGUAUGGAGCGUAGCAGGGGCAGACAUGAUGCUCCCCUUCGACAGCGAGUUGUUGCGCGACACCGAGGAUCCGCCACCAACGGCCGGAUUCUUGGUAGACGCUGACCGCGAGAGAUUAGUCGUAUCCGGCUCGACAACGACCACGUCGGUCGACUUGGCCCUCGCAUGCCCCGCCACAGGAGCCUUCGCAGGCGACCCAGCCUGCUGACUAACCGCCCUCCGCCUCAUACUCCCACUCACGCCUGCAGCACCCAGCCCGGCG